UCUCAAAAGUGUCGGACGUGAGAGAGGUUAUCAAAAUGUUUACGUUUUAUUUGAUCGCUUGUGCGUUUUUUGUCAACGUAAAGAGUGAUUGGGGACCUUUCCAAGCGUUGUUGUACUCUGAUUUAAUAACUUGUAACCACAAUAAACAAGUAGAUCUUGAUGUGAAAGACACUAUGGUCUAUUUCUACGAUUUUAAAAACAAUCUAAACGUAAGCUACAAGAUCGACAAAUUCGUUGAUGGCAUAUCUCAUUAUCAAACUUUAGAUGUCAAAAGGAAAUUGAUAUUUUUCGUCCCAGGUUACAAAUCUAGUAUUUACAAGAAGACGGAAGAGAAAAUACGUCAAACAUUCAGCGAUUUAGACACAUAUCUGAUUAUAAUUGACCAUUCCACUUACACAUCUUCGAAAGGUGGAGUCAGAGAUAGUUACGAGAGAUCUGUGAUGUAUACUUAUCAUCUCGGCAGGGCAUUAGGAAAAUUACUCGUUGAUUUCCACACAAAAGGAUUUCCUUCCAACAAAAUUCAUUGCAUCGGUCACAGCCUAGGAGCUCAAAUGCUUGGCUUCGCUGGAACAACCUACAUGAGAUUAACAGGCGAGAAAAUAUGGCGGAUAACGGGAAUCGAUCCAGCCGGUCCUUGUUUUUCUAACAGUCUUAUAGAAGACCAAUUAAGAUCAGGCGUAGCUCAAUAUGUUGAAGUAUAUCACUGUAAUGUGGGAGAAUUGGGAACGACCAGUAUCUUAGCUGAUACAGAUUUCUUUAUAAAUAACGGUAAGAAGCAACCGGAGUGCCAUGAAGGAUUGAUCCCAGGAUACGGGGCUUCAGAAGCAGCGAAAUGCAGUCAUAAAGCAUGUGUCAGAUAUUGGGCUGAAACGGUGCAUCACCCCGGUUGGUAUUCGGCCUGGAAAUGUGACAGUUAUAAGGAGUUUUCUAAAGGAAGAUGCAUUAGGAAUGACGUCACAAUAGCUGGUUACUCUAACCCAGUGACGGCGCCGACCAGUUUCAGACUCUGCGAGGGACCUUCUUCAGGGCGAGGAUUAAUGGUGUUGUGUAGCGGUAAAUAAUUUAACUAUAUCAUGAUUAGUUAAUUAAAUAAUCCUUGAAGAAUUAAA